UGCUUCCUCGGCGGGACAUGGCAGGUGCUGCCGCCGGCUCUGAGUGCGCGCUGAGCGGCGUGUGGCUGUGCGGCUGAGCGGUGAGGUGGAGGAUGCUGCUGCGGUGCGUGGAAGUCCGCUCCUCGUCGUCACUCUUCCCGCCUCCUGCGCGCGGAUUUACGCCGGACUCGCUCCUCCAGGAGGAUUUAAAGGAGGAUUUAAAGAAAUAAAUUGGGCAUCUUUUUUGGGGGGGGGAGAUACGGACUCGCCUCCUGCAUCCGCAGUGCGGCUGCAUGCGAAGUGACACCUUGCAGAUGCAUGAUGCCCCCCAUCUCUGAAGAGGCUUGAUCUCGUGGACCGUGCCUCCUUCCCGCUCUUCGCCGCAGCCAUGACGUCCCACGCCGUGAGGACACGGACCUGCUUUUUCCUAUGCUGCUUCUUCUCCACCUUGGCGCCGCUUGUGACGCCAAAGACGACGGCACGAGCGUCGCAGGCCCACGGCUCGGCCUCCCAGGUCAUCACGGCGUCCAUCGAGGAGGAAGGGUACGCCUCGUUCCGCGCCGAGAACCCCGAGUGGACGUUUAACCAUUUGACGGUGGACUAUCGCAACGGCAACGUUUACCUUGGAGUCGUGAAUCGCAUCUAUAAACUGUCGCCAGGUUUGGAGGUGCAGGUGUCGCACCAAACCGGGCCGGACGAAGACAACCGCAAGUGCUACCCGCCCCGCAUCGUCCAGCCGUGCAGCGAGCCCCUCACGCUCACCAACAACGUCAACAAGAUGCUGCUGAUGGACUACCGGGAAAACCGUCUGCUGGCGUGCGGGAGCCUCUACCAGGGCAUCUGCAAACUGCUGCGCCUGGACGACCUCUUCAAGCUCGGGGAGCCCUUCCACAAGAAGGAACACUACCUCUCCGGCGUCAACGAGAGCGGCUCUGUGUUUGGCGUCAUCGUCUCCUACGGCAACGCCUCCCCGGACAUGUUGUUCGUAGCCACGGCGGUGGACGGCAAGCCAGAGUACUUCCCCACCAUCUCCAGCCGCAAGCUGGCCAGGAACUCUGAGGAGGAUGGAAUGUUCGCCUACGUCUUUCACGAUGAGUUUGUGGCCUCCAUGAUUAAGAUCCCCUCAGACACCUUCACCGUCAUACCAGACUUUGACAUCUAUUACAUUUACGGCUUCGCCAGUGGAAACUUUGUCUACUUCCUGACGCUGCAGCCCGAAAUGGGGGGCGGCCCCACCACCGGCUCAUCCUCGGCCGGUAAAGAGCAGGUCUACACCUCCAAGAUAGUCCGCCUCUGCAAAGCAGACACCGCCUUCCACUCCUACGUGGAGGUGCCCAUCGGAUGCGUGAGCGGCAAUGUGGAUUACCGACUGCUGGAGGCGGCCUACCUGUCCAAAGCCGGCGCCAACUUGGCGCGCUCGCUGGACGUGGCGCCGGACGACGACGUGCUGUUCGCCGUGUUCUCCAAGGGACAGAAGAGGCGGCCGCGGCAGGAAUUCCAAGACUCUGCGUUGUGCGUCUUCUCCCUGCGGGAGAUCAACGAAAAAAUCAAAGACAGGCUGCAGUCGUGCUACAGGGGCGAGGGCACCUUGGACCUGGCUUGGCUCAAGGUCAAAGAUAUUCACUGCAGCAGUGCGCUCUUGACCAUCGACGACGACUUCUGCGGCCUGGACAUGAACGCACCGCUGGGCGUGUCGGAGAUGGUGCAAGGCAAGGCCCUCUUCUCGGACGCCAAUGACAAAAUGACCUCGGUGGUGGCCUACGUGUACAAGAACCACUCGCUGGUCUUCGUGGGCACCAAGAGCGGACGCGUGAAGAAGAUACGAGUGGACGGCUCCUCGCGGGCCCUGCAGUACGAGACGGUGCAGGCGGUGGAAAGCGGUCCCAUCCUGCGCGACAUGGCCUUCUCUUCCGACUACCACUACCUCUAUGUCAUGUCCGAGACCCAGCUUUCAAGGAUGCCCGUGGAAGCGUGUGGUCAGUACUCCACCUGCAGCGAAUGCCUCGGAUCGGGAGACCCUCACUGCGGCUGGUGUGUCCUGCACAACAUGUGCACACGGAAGGAGAAAUGCGAGCGUUCGACGGAGCCUCGCCGCUUUGCGUCUGACAUCAAGCAGUGUGUGCGACUGAGCGUGCACCCCAACAACAUCUCCGUGUCCCAGUUCAGUGUGACGCUGGUCCUGGAAGCACACAAUGUGCCAGAACUGACCGCCGGGGUCAACUGCACCUUCGAGGACCUGGCGGAAAUGAGCGGCCUGGUGGAGGGGAACCAAAUCCGGUGUUUCUCUCCCGCCGAGAAGGAGAUGCCUCGCGUCGUCGUCGACAAAGGCGACCACCAGAUCGUGCAGCUCUAUCUCAAGUCCAAGGAGACCGGCCUGGCGUUCGCUAACACCAGUUUUGUCUUCUACAACUGCAGCGUCCACAAGUCGUGCUUGUCCUGCGUGAGCAGUCCUUACCAGUGCCACUGGUGCAAGUACAGACACGACUGCACACAUGACCCCAGGACUUGUUCCUUCCAGGAGGGACGAGUCAAGAAAGCUGAGGAGUGUCCCCAGCUGCUGCCAGCAGGCCGCGUCCUGGUCCCGGUCAACGUGGUGAAGCCCAUCACCCUGCGGGCCAAGAACCUCCCCCAGCCUCAGUCGGGUCAGCGCGGCUACGAGUGCCUGCUGACCAUCCAAGGCAACGAGCACCGUGUCCCCGCCCUCCGCUUCAACAGCUCCUCGGUGCAGUGUCAGAACACAUCGUACUUCUACGAUGGGAUGGAGAUGAGCAGCCUUCCUGUGGAGCUGACCGUCAUCUGGAACGGAGACUUCAGUAUCGACAACCCCGCCCACAACAAAGUCCACCUGUACAAGUGCGACGCCCAGCGCGGGAGCUGCGGACUUUGCCUGAAGGCCGACCCACUGUUUGGCUGCGUGUGGUGCAAAGGAGAGAAACGCUGCACCCUCAAGCAACACUGCCCGCACCCCGAGAACCAGUGGCUGGAGCACAAUGGCAUCAACAGCAAGUGCACGCACCCCCGAAUCACCCAGGUUACACCCCUGCGAGGUCCCAGGGAAGGCGGGACGCUGGUGACCAUCCGCGGUGAGAACUUGGGCCUGGAGUUCCGUGAGAUCCAGGCCAACGUGAAGGUGGCGGAGGUGGAGUGCACGCCCAUCCGUGACGGUUACAUCCCAGCAGAACAGAUCGUGUGUGAGAUGGGUCGAGCCGAGAUGAGCCAGUACACAGGACACGUGCAGGUGUGCAUCGGCGUGGGCGAGUGCAAACCGGAAUUCACGGCCAAAUCAUACAAGUAUUAUUACUUUGUGGGUCCGAAGAUCGGAAGCAUCAAGCCCAACAGGGGGCCCGUCUCUGGGGGGACGGUGGUCACAAUCGCUGGCGCCAACCUGGACGCCGGCAGCAAUGUGUCCAUCAUGUUUAAGGACCAGCCGUGCACUUUGCUCAAACGCGGCGGCCUGUGGCUGAAGUGCCGCACCCAUGCGUCUCUGCACGGCUACGGAAACGUAUCCGUGUCGGUGAGCAUCGACAAGGCUCAGCUUCAGAAAGACCUUCGUUACGUGUACGUAGAGGACCCCACCGUCACCAAGAUAGAGCCCGAGUGGAGCAUCUACAGCGGACACACCCCAGUGACAGUGACAGGAACCAACUUGGACAUCAUCCAAACGCCUCUCAUCAGAGCCAAAUACAACAAUCACGAGACGCUCAAUUUAUGUCAGGUCCUAAGUCCGACGUCCAUGCAGUGCCAGGCCCCUGAGCUCCCCAUCAGCUUGGCCCACCAGCAGGAGGUGCCAGAGAGGCCCGACGAGUUCGGCUUCAAGCUGGACGACGUGCAGGCGGUCAUGGCGCUCAACAACACCAACUUCAUCUACUACCCCAACCCCGAGUUUGAGCCUCUGAGCGCGUCCGGAGAACUGGAGCUGAAACCCGGAUCUCCCAUCAUACUGAAGGGACGGAACUUCCUCCCGCCAACCAACAGCGGGAACGGCAAAAUGAACUACACUGUUCUUAUCGGAGAGAAGCCCUGCAUGUUGACCGUGUCUGAGACGCAGCUGCUGUGUGAGUCGCCAAACCUGACAGGUCGACACAAAGUUCUGGCUCGGGUGGGCGGCAUCGAGUUCUCCCCCGGCGAGGUCCACAUCACGUCGGACAGCCCGCUCAGCAGCACGGCCAUCAUUGGCAUCGCGGCGGCCGGCGCCCUGCUCCUCCUUGCCAUUGUCAUGGUGCUCAUCGCCUACAAGCGCAAGUCUCGUGAGAGCGACUUGACACUGAAGAGGCUCCAGAUGCAGAUGGACAACUUGGAGUCACGGGUGGCGCUGGAGUGCAAGGAAGCUUUUGCAGAGCUACAAACGGACAUCCAUGAGCUGACCAGCGACUUGGACGGUGUAGGAAUCCCCUUCUUGGACUACAGGACGUACACCAUGAGGGUCCUUUUCCCCGGCAUUGAGGAGCAUCCUGUUCUGCGAGACUUGGAGGUGCCAGGCUACCGUCAGGAUCAAGUUGAAAAAGGCCUGAAGCUCUUUGGUCAGCUGAUCAACAACAAAGUCUACCUGCUGUGUUUCAUUCGCACGCUGGAAGCCCAACGAGGUUUUUCUAUGCGCGACCGCGGCAACGUGGCCUCGCUCAUCAUGACGGUGCUGCAGAGCAAGCUGGAGUACGCCACCGACGUCCUCAAGCACCUGCUGUCCGACCUCAUCGACCGCAACCUGGAGAGCAAAAACCACCCCAAGCUGCUGCUGCGCAGGACGGAGUCUGUAGCGGAGAAAAUGCUGACCAACUGGUUCACCUUUCUGCUCUACAAGUUCCUCAAGGAGUGUGCGGGGGAGCCGCUCUUCUCGCUCUUCUGCGCCAUCAAGCAGCAGAUGGAGAAAGGGCCUAUUGACUCCAUCACAGGAGAAGCACGUUAUUCUCUCAGCGAGGACAAACUCAUCAGACAACAGAUCGACUACAAGACGCUGGUGGUAAACUGCAUCCACCCUGAGAACGAGAAGAGCCCAGAGAUCCAAGUGAAGGUGCUUAACUGUGACACCAUCAGUCAGGUGAAGGAGAAGAUGCUGGACGCCAUCUACAAGAACGUGCCGCACUCGCACCGCCUCAAGGCCUCAGACAUGGACCUGGAGUGGCGUCAAGGACGAGGACAGCGUGUCAUCUUGCAGGAUGAGGACGUCACCACCAAGAUCGAAGGCGACUGGAAGAGGCUGAACAUGCUCGCCCACUAUCAGGUGCCCGACAACGCAGUGAUGGCCCUGGUCCCCAAGCAAGUAACGGCCUACAACUCGGUCAACAACUCCACCGUGUCCCGAACGUCCGCCAGCAAAUACGAGAACAUGAUCAAGUACACGGGCAGCCCAGACAGCCUUCGCUCGCGGACGCCCAUGAUCACGCCCGACUUGGAGAGCGGCGUGAAGGUGUGGCACCUGGUCAAGAACCACGAGCACGGCGACCAGAAGGAGGGCGACCGCGGCAGCAAGAUGGUGUCCGAAAUCUACCUGACCAGACUCCUGGCCACAAAGGGAACGCUGCAGAAGUUUGUGGACGACCUUUUCGAGACUAUCUUCAGCACGGCGCAUAGGGGCAGUGCCCUGCCGCUCGCCAUCAAGUACAUGUUCGACUUCCUGGACGAGCAGGCCGACAAACACAGCAUUCAUGACCCGCACGUGCGACACACGUGGAAGAGCAACUGCCUACCUCUGCGUUUCUGGGUGAACGUGAUCAAGAACCCUCAGUUUGUCUUCGACAUCCACAAGAGCAGCAUCACCGACGCCUGCCUGUCCGUGGUGGCUCAGACCUUCAUGGACUCCUGCUCCACCUCGGAGCACCGCCUUGGGAAGGACUCGCCCUCCAACAAGCUGCUGUACGCCAAGGACAUCCCCAGUUACAAGAGCUGGGUAGAGAGGUACUACUCUGACAUCAACAAGAUGCCGGCCAUCAGCGACCAGGACAUGAACGCCUACUUGGCCGAGCAGUCGCGCAUGCACAUGAACGAGUUCAACAGCAUGAGUUCCCUGAGCGAGAUCUACUCCUACGUGGGAAAAUACACGGAGGAGAUUGUUUGUGCGCUGGAGCAGGACGACGCCGCCAGGAAACAACGGCUGGCCUUCAAACUGGAACAGGUGGUGGCCUUCAUGACGCUGGAGAGCUGAGGACCGCACUUCCCAGCAUGCACUGGGAAGAAGACCCCGAGUAGAAGAAGACCCCCCCCCCCCCCCCCCUCAUCCCUGCUCCACACACUUGUCCUAAAAACCGAGCCGUGCCUGAGCGAAAACCUGUUCCUGUUGUUUUUCUGCUUCCUUACUUGUUUUCCCUGCUGCUGCCCCCUACUGGACACUUUUUACGUUGCCUUCGAGGAUUUGCACUGGUGGCAGGCGAGCCAAACCAGAAGUUUACACUGAGCAAACACGCGGGCCUGAGAAUGUUCCGCAACCUUCCAUAGCUGGACUUUGCAUUCAGACCAAGGGUGUGUUCAGGCGCCUGGUGUUUGCCGGUUAAAAGGAACGCUGAUGAGUUGGAGCAAACGAACGUACCAGCCUGAGUACUUCCUUUUAACACUCGGGUGUCCAAAGCAAGGACAUAUUCCAAUUAAUAAGUCUAACAACAAAACCUUACAGAUGAUUUUCCUACGGCCCACUUCUUCUAUACUGUCAAAGAAAAUGUAGAUUUUAUGGUAAAAAAAAAAUAAUUGGCCAGAAUUUUACGGUGUUUUUAUAUACAGAGUUACAGUAAAUUGGAAAAUACUACAUUGCUAUUUUUACGGUAAAAUUCUGAGGACUGGGAUUGUUUUUACAGUGCAUUACUGUAAAUGGAGAAACACUUCCACUCUUAUUUUCAUCCUAAUAACAACUGAUAUGUUUACAGUAUAAUUCACUUUCGGUGCAUCGUCUGUCUGUCUGGGUUAUUUUACCAUUUGGUCUUCAUCUGACAUUUUCAAGCCGAUUACCAACAAAACUGAGUACUCCUGUAUUUUUACCGACAUUGCAUUUUUUUUAGCAUGUGAGUACAGUUUUACCUCCGUUUUCACAAUGUCCGACGAUAACCGAAUUGUACGAAAACCGGAGCGAUUUUUCCCACUGAAUCCAAUCCAGACACCCAAAAAUAUAAAAACAAAACAUUUAAUAGAGAAUAAUCUGACUGUAGUGAUGCGUGCAGGGUAAAAUGGAUGAAUGAACGUCAUCACUUCAUCUAACACUGAAAAAACCCCAAAUCUUGUCGUUUCUACAGUAAAAAAAAAAAAAGCAUUUAGAUGUAAAAUUUUGGCGACUGAGCUGUCUUUUUUACAGUAAAGACUCUCGUUGGCAAAGAAGGUGAGGAACAGAUGAGGGAAUAUGAGGGGAGGUAUUGCAUUUUUCGGACCAUAGGGCACACCGGAUUAUAAGGCGCACUGCCGAUGAGCGAGUCUAUUUUCAUACAAAAGGCACACCGGAUUAUAAGGCGCAUCAAAUGUGUCAUUUCAUAAUUUUUUUGUUUCUCCAUGUAAAACACUUCCUUGUGGUCUACAUCAGUGGUUCCCAACCACCGGGCCGCGCAAGAAAUAAAAAAAAUUAAAAAAUAUAUAUUUUUUAAAUUAAAUCAACAUAAACACAAUAUAUACAUUAUAUAUAUCAAUAUAGAUCAAUACAGUCUGCAGGGAUACAGUCCGUAAGCACACAUGAUUGAAUUUCUUUAUGAAAAAAAUUGAAAAUAAAAAAAUUUAAAAACCCCCCCCCCACCCCCCGGUCCGUGAGACACAUUUUCAAGCGUUGACCUGUCCGCAGCUACAAAAAGGUUGAUGACCACUGGUCUACAUAACAUGUAAUGCUGGGUCUUAGGUCAAAAUAUUGCAUAGGUGAUGUUUUACACACCAUCUUCAAAGACGCUUUCCGACCGUCUCUUCAAGAUGCGCCGUUUUGAGGGCCGUCUUAUUUACGUGCCUCCACUUCGACAGCGUCUUAUCUUUGUUGUACUUUUUAGCGCUUCCAUAGCGAGUGUACUGACAGAUAUAAGGGAGAAUUGUACGGCACUUUAUAUUAGACAUGGCGACAGCGGAGGAUGAAUGCCCCACAACAAGAGGAUAGAGAAAAAGAAGGAGCUUAUUGACUACUGCUCGGACUACAAUGCAGAUCCCAAAUGCACAUCAGCAGGUACCAAUCGGAAAGAAAAGUUGGUUUUGCAUAAUAUUGCAAAACAAAACAAUAUGUCUCCUAAUAGGUGCCAUUUUGGAGUAUUUACACACACAAUAAUAAUACUUGUAUGUUGAAGCACAGUACGUCUGACUACUAAUGCUCCGCGAUCCAUCAAGCAGUGCGGCUUUGUAGUUUACCGAAGUCGUAAUCAAAUAUUUUGACAGAUUUUUGAACGCCGUGUGUAAUGUUCUAUAUUCUCAAUGAAACAUCAACGUUUUGGUGUUGCUUGCUUACGGGUACUUGCUCGUGUCAUUUAUUGAACAGGCUUCAACCUACAGUCCACACGUAUCUCUUAUGUGUGACCGCCAUCUACUGCUCACACUUAUUAUCACACCAUGUACCAAAUAAAAUUGCUUCAAAGACAGAAUUAAUACGUACAUUAGGCGCACUGUCCAUUUUGUGGUGUGCAUUUUAGUCCGUAAAAUACGGUACUUUUGUACUUUGUGUUCUUUCUUGACUUCAAUAGUGUUUCUCACCUUCUUUAUCAAAGAUUUAUUUGACCCCCUCGGUGGCUUAUUUUGCAGUCGUUCUUUGGGCACUCGAUUCCACAGGAUGAUACGCAGUUGGACUAGUUUGACAUUUCCUCCAAAAGUGAGUCAUAUGAAAAGUGGGGCAUAGGAAAAACCGAGGUAUGUCAAAGAAGUGUUGUGUGUCCUGGUUUGAACCCAAACAAACGUGUGAACGCACCCUUGGAGAGUAAGAAGGGCUCAGGAGGGACAAAAUGCCCAGCGCACUUUGAUUAUUAGCAUUAGCAUUAGCAUCCCUGCUUCCGUUUGGCUUACAUGGCUCGCUAUUAAGACAAAAAAAAAAAGUGGACUCCCUCUCAGAAGCACACUGUGGAACAAACAACAUGCACAGACGCGCACAACAACAACAACAACAAGGGGGUAAAAAGCACCGACGCCCCGGGAUGUUCUUACUUGUGUGGACUUUUUAAAAGUUGCUCAGCCUAAAAACCAAAGGAGCUUGAUGACAUUUUCACAAAACAAACAAACAAACAAACAAAAACAAAAAAAGUGCCAGCGAGGAAAAAUCUAAAAAGAAAAAAACUUUUGUCUUCUUCAUUGUGACGGGAAGCUGUGUGAUACUUUCUGACCUCAGUUUGUGGAGACGCUCCUCCUGGUUCCUGUUUUUGCACAAGCAGAUGGAGUGUAGCUGCAGACAAAGACGAGGAGGAGGGACGAGAACAUUAAGACUUUUUGGAUGUGAAAGACCACUUUCUACCCUCUGCCCUUUUCUUUGCCUUGACAACGUGCCCCGUGUGGUGAUAUGUGAAUGUGAACGAGCGGCCCACCUUGGCUCCUUUUAUUGGCUUUUUUUAAGCGCAUGUAAAACCAUUUAACUUAUUUAAGGGGAAAAAAUGAAGAAAAACAAGCCUUGCGAAGAUGAUGAUGUGCUUUUUUGACUUUAUUUUGCUUGACAGACUGGAGAGCGAGAAAGUGGGGGAACUUCUAGUGAUUGUUUUAAGGUGGAACCUUUAUUCAUUCUGCAGAAGCCUAACGACAACAAACGCUUGGAUAAAAAAAUGCUUCAACUUUCA